AUGAAUAGUCAACCCUAUGAGACCAUGUUUCAUAUUAUCGACGGUGAAACUGGGAUCAAACUCCACAGUGUGACUUAUCCCCAUUGUUGGUCUUGCCUCUUAUACCCUGAUCCGAUAUCUGCCCACGUUGUCGUUGUUUUCGAUUUAUACUCUACUGUCCGGUGGAACAGGAUGUUGAAGAACCUUAGAACAUUCUCCAUCAUACAAAAGUUCUCUUAUCAAGAUGAGAAGCCUACCUCAUUCUCCCUGGUAUCUACAGAGGUUGUGUUUCCCCCAAACAUUCAAUACAAGCCCUAUGGAUAUUCGUCUCUCGAUCCUCUCAGCAUGACCGGGGUCUGCUGUUUUGAUGGUCAUGAUGACGGCGCCCAAGGCAGUGCGAUAGCUCCAACCAGGGAUAAGGAUUUUCUGUUUGUUGCAGCAGAUGUGCUUCGACAGAGUUACCCAAAAAAUGACCCACCCCCUCUUAAUCAAUGUUUUGUUUUUGGACGAGGAAAAUCAAUGACUCUCCCCCCACGGCCCGAGUUUGGUCGUCACGAACGCACUACGGCCGGUCUCCCUCAAUUCUUCGAGGUCAAGGACCUACAAUUCGGAGAUGGGGGUCGCAUGCAUUUGUAUUGCUAUCCGGAUACUUAUAUUUUCGAGUUCUGA